GACCAGAGCAAAAAUGGAUAAUGGAUCUGCUGUUCGGGCGUAUCGAGUGAUAUAAAAUUUAUGAGAUUUACUUAAAUAAUAUUUAAUACAAACCAGUUGUCAAAAUUUUAUAAAUAUUCCAAUAGAGCAGUGACUUAAAAUUUUAUUAAAAAGAAAGAAAUAAAAUAAAUAUGAUGUCGGAUCGCAAAGCAGAGUUGGAAAGAAAGAAAGCGAAGUUGCAGGCGAUCAGAGAGGAAAAGGAACGACGUCGCAGAGAAAAGGAGCAAAAAGAUGUCGAAGAAGCUACGGUACGAGCAGCUGGUACUGAUAAAGACCAUCGUAAGGAACUGGAUGCGAUGCUUUCAUCCCUGGGAGUUGCUCCAGUGUCUGAUGUGCUGUCUAGUCUCUCGAGUAUGAACUCAUUAGCUUCGGAUCAAAGUGCCAAUGCAACUCCUGAUGCUAGUAUUCAACCAUCAAGUAUCACUUCUCCACAGAGUGGCGCAAUUAAGAAGAAAUCAAAUCGCGAAUUAACAGUAGUAUCAGUUGCCCACACAAACAUUCCGCCAAAAGAACCAGUAGUUUACAGCAAACAAACCCAGACAGCGCAAACGACACAGACCUCCCACGACGGACUGUCCGCCUCCUCUUCCACAAACACCAUCUACUCCUACUGUACAACAACGUCACCAACUCACUCUUGCUCCGCAGGAUACUUUGAGACUGACUGGUGGCGUCCCAGGAAAGGUGGGUCUGCACCAAACUACCUAUCUCAUGCAUUCGACUAUUACGACGAGUACAAUCUAAAUCCUGGUUUAGAGUGGGAGGACGAAUUCACAGUUUUGACAUAUGAUGAUGGCCAAGCCGAGGAUGAGGAGAACAGCCUGCCGCAUAUCGACGGUUUUCAAAGCAAACUCCCGCCUGGUAUCCUGCCUCAUGGUCUACCACAAGUCAAGGAAGUGCUGCCAGCGGUAACUCAAGACGAACAGCAAAAGGAACCUGAGAAACCUAAAGAAAUUCGUGAAUUAAGUGAAGAAGAAAAACAGAUGAUAAUAUUGUCGGAAGAUUUUCAACGUUUUCUUGAUAAAACAAGUCGACUGGUUGAACGUGCGCUUGCUGAAUCCGUUGAUAUUUAUACUGACUACACUGGUACUUUGGAUGGUGAAGAUGGAAUGGAUGAGAAAAGUCAUCAGCGUUUGUGGUUGAAUCGUUCAUUUUUCUGCGAUCGUUGGUCACGAAACCGUUGUGUCACUUCCAUGGACUGGUCGCCACAGUUCCCUGAACUACUGGUGGCUUCUUACAACAGCAAUGAAGACGCGCCAAAUGAUCCCGAUGGAAUAUGUCUAGUUUGGAACACUAAAUUCAAAAAGACAACACCUGAGUUUAUUUUUCACUGUCAGUCGGCAGUCAUGUCAACAACUUUCGCAAGAUUUCAUCCAAAUCUCAUUCUCGGCGGUACUUAUGCUGGUCAAAUUGUCUUAUGGGACAACAGGGUACAGAAACGUACCCCCAUACAGCGGACACCACUUUCUGCUAGUGCUCAUACGCAUCCAGUUUAUUGUCUGAAUGUCGUGGGUACACAAAAUGCCCACAAUUUGAUAAGUAUUUCAACGGAUGGUAAAAUGUGCUCAUGGAGUCUUGAUAUGUUGUCGAUGCCACAAGAAUCAUUAGACCUUCAGGCUAAACAGUCUAAGCCUAUCGCGGUUACUAGUUUGGCAUUCCCAUACGGCGACGUUAAUAAUUUUAUUAUCGGCAGCGAAGAUGGUACCGUUUAUUCAGCUUGUCGUCACGGAAUAAGAGCCGGUGUAACAGAAACAUAUGAAGGCCAUCAAGGCCCGGUAACGGGAGUGAGCGCACACGCGGUACAAGGUGGCAUUGACUUCUCACAUCUGUUCCUUACCUCGUCCAUUGACUGGACAAUAAAACUGUGGAGCUUGAAAGAAAACAAACCACUGUACUCAUUCGAGCACAACGGCGAUUACGUUUAUGACGUCGCUUGGUCACCGACUCACCCCGCGCUCUUCGCGGCGGUCGACGAUUCCGGGAGAUUGGACUUGUGGAACCUCAAUCAGGACACUGAGGUACCGGCGGCAAGUGUCGUCGUCGAUGGAUGUCCUGCUCUGAAUCGCGUCUCCUGGACUCCCAGCGGGCUGCAUGUUACCGUUGGAGACGACUCUGGUAAAAUCUGGGUCUAUGAUGUCGCUGAAAAUUUGGCGCAUCCGCGCGGCGAUGAAUGGAAUAAAUUCUUGUACACUCAGCAAGAUUUGAAGAACAACAAAGCUGAUGAUGAGCUGGACAAACUUAAUUUGAAUUCUGGGCCCUCUAGUUUAACUUCUCUGUCAUCGAUGUCCUCAGUACCCAUUAGAUAAGUCGAGUCAUGAAAUUAAUUGUAUUUUAAUAACUAAUUACAGUCAAUUUAAAAUAUUAUUUAAAUUAGCUUAAUUAUUGUAAGUGCUAAAAAUCUGUCGCUCAUUUAUUUUCAAUUAAUAUAGAAUAUAAAAUUGACUUAUUUGUAGUUUUAAUAAACUACGAAAAAUAAUAAUAAUAAUACUAAUUAAUUAAUUUAAUAUUAAUAUUAAUAUCUAUGCUUGUGUAAAUACAAAUAAUUUUAUUUACGUUAAAUUUUUUUUACAUCAAAAUUUCACUGCUAAAUAAAUAAUAUACAUAAAUAU